ACGCACAGCGCCACAAAACCAGUUUACAGCAAGAAUCAGAAGUUGUCUCUUGCUUAAGUUUUGCAGCAUUACAGCCCGUUUUAAUUUUAACUUAGUUCAUAUCACCUGAAAAUGUAUUGGAAACUACUCUUUGUGGCAUUAACUCUUAGCGUGCUGGGAAGUACAACAGCCGAGGAACUAGGUGCCUGUUCAAAUCAGACCAGUUGUGCAGACUGCUCAGAAGUCAUCAUUGAGAAAACAACUGCCUGUCAGUGGGUGGAGUGCACAGCAGUAAACUCCUCAGUCUCAGGCCACUGUGUGAAUAACACUGAAGCCUUCAGCACAAAUUGCACAGCUGUCAACACAACUUCUUGUACAGUCAAUUCAACCACUGUUGGUCCACCGACUACAAGCAACUCCACUGCUGUAGUAACGACAGCUCCUUUGAACAUGACCACCACUGCUGCGACUCCAACCACCCCACGCAAUAUCACCGUUCCUACUACAGGCCUGACCAACUCAACAGUGCUCCCCACCACAACCCCCCAUAAGAAGUCCUCCUUUGAUGCAGCCAGCUUUAUUGGGGGCAUCGUGCUGGUGCUGGGCCUGCAGGCGGUCAUCUUCUUCCUCUACAAGUUCUGCAAAUCCAAGGAUAGCAACUAUGACAACCUCUAAGAGCCCUGCUAAUCUAGUGGUGUGGCAGUCACUGUGUGCACUGCUGCCUAAUGUCAGCCACACCCCCUCCUUGCAAACAGUGUUUCUGCAGAGUUCAAGCAGCCUCUUUAGUAUGUGAUGAGUGCGUUGUUCUUGUGGUUGAUCACACAGUGUAAUCGCUGGUUGGCCACAGGUAACUCGCUCAUGCUGUGUUAUGCGUGAUGGUUCUUAAGAGAGUUCAAGCUUAGGUUUUUCUGUUCUAAAGUUUAUUUUGUGGUUGGCUGCCUACC